GUAUGUGUAUGUGUAUGUGUAUGUGUAUGUGUAUGUGUAUGUGUAUGUGUAUGUGUAUGUGUAUGUGUAUGUGUAUGAGUGUAUGUUGUAUGGAUAUCAUUCCGUAUGGAUACGCCCGUUUCCUCCGCCCAGAACCAGUCCGUCAUCCAUCAUCCACUCUUUCUCUCGUCCUUUCCACUCUCUUGACUUUCCUUUUUUCUUCUUCCCUCUCUGCGUUGCUCUCUCUCUUCCAGUAUUAUUCUUAUAUCAUCGUAUCUUCCCCGUGAAUUGCUUUCGUUUUUCUUGUAUUUUACUUUCCUAUCUAAGAUUGCUCCUCGAUUAGCAACUCUACUUCAUUUGGCCAUGUGCGUCUAGAGGGUCUAGCCCCUCUCUCUCUUUGCACUGACUCCCCUUCUUACCUUAGACUGUCAGCCAUACCAUAGUAUCAUCCCGGAAUUAA